CCAUCACUGGCAACUGGCUGUGCACAGAAGGAAACAAAAAACGUGGCUCCUCGGGUCUCCACUCACGUGUCACCGUCAGAAACACGACCCGACCACUGACCUCACAGCGGCGCCCAUGCCGGUCUCCCCACACUACCGGCUUUGUCCAUCUUCAGAUGAGUCCUCGGGGGCUCAGGUCUUAUGUGGAACGACAGAAGCACCGCAGGGGCUUCCCUCCGACAGUGGCAGGGUGGCCAAGUUCGUGGGCGCGCAGCCCCAGCCCAGCGAGCACGGCAAGGGACCCAACUGGCGGCCCCGCCCUUGACUUGUCAGUCCCCGGAGGCCGCGAGGACCUGCGGGCCAGCCUGGGAGCCUCGGGAGAUCCCAGCAUGCCUUCCGAGACACCACAAGCAGAAAAGGGGCCUGCAGGGUGCCCCCACUUCCCAGGGGCACACUCAGGGAAUGGAAGCAUGGAGAAGGAGCCCCCCAGGGACAAGGAAGCCAACGAUCGCCUAUGGAUCCGACCUGAUGCCCCAAGCAGGUGCUCCUGGCAGCUGGGCAGGCCUGUCACUGACUCGCCACAUUACCACACUACCUUGCCAAAAAACCCCAAAAUCUUGCCAGAUAUCCUGAAGAAAAUCGGGGAUACCCCCAUGGUGAGGAUCAACAAGAUCGGGAAGAAGUUCGGCCUGAAGUGUGAGCUCCUGGCCAAGUGUGAGUUCUUCAAUGCCGGUGGGAGUGUGAAGGACCGCAUCAGCCUGCGGAUGGUCGAGGACGCCGAGCGGGCCGGGACCCUGAGACCCGGGGACACCAUCAUAGAGCCAACGUCAGGGAACACAGGGAUCGGACUGGCCCUGGCCGCCGCCGUGAAGGGCUACCGCUGCAUCAUUGUGAUGCCAGAGAAGAUGAGCAUGGAGAAGGUGGACGUCCUGAGGGCCCUGGGGGCCGAGAUCGUGAGGACACCCACCAACGCCAGGUUUGACUCCCCUGAGUCGCACGUGGGGGUGGCGUGGAGGCUGAGGAAUGAGAUCCCCAAUUCUCACAUUCUGGACCAGUACCGCAAUGCCAGCAACCCCCUUGCUCACUAUGACACCACGGCUGAGGAGAUCCUGCAGCAGUGUGAUGGGCAGCUGGACAUGCUGGUGGCUUCAGCAGGCACGGGCGGCACCAUAACAGGCAUUGCCAGGAAGCUGAAGGAGAAAUGCCCUGGGUGUAAGAUCAUUGGUGUGGAUCCCGAAGGCUCCAUCCUCGCGGAGCCUGAAGAGCUGAACCAGACAGAGCUGACAGCCUACGAGGUGGAGGGCAUCGGCUAUGACUUCAUCCCCACAGUGCUGGACCGCACGGUGGUGGACAAGUGGUUCAAGAGCAAUGACGAGGAGUCCUUUGCCUUCGCCCGCAUGCUGAUCGCGCAGGAAGGACUGCUGUGUGGUGGCAGUGCCGGCAGUGCCUUGUCGGUGGCCGUGAAGGCCGCCCAGGAACUGCAGGAGGGCCAGCGCUGCGUGGUGGUCCUGCCCGACUCUGUGCGGAACUACAUGUCCAAGUUCCUGAGCGACAAGUGGAUGCUGCAGAAGGGCUUCCUGAAGGAGGAGGACCUCACAGGAAGGAAGCCAUGGUGGUGGCACCUCAGAGUUCAGGAGCUGAGCCUGUCGGCCCCGCUCACAGUGCUGCCCACGGUGACCUGUGAGCACACCAUCGAGAUCCUCCGGGAGAAGGGCUUCGACCAGGUGCCCGUGGUCGACGAAUCAGGAGUGAUCCUGGGCAUGGUGACUCUAGGGAACAUGCUGUCAUCCCUGCUUGCCGGCAAAGUCCAGCCGUCAGACCAAGUCCACAAUGUCCUCUACAAGCAGUUCAAACAGAUCCGCCUGAUGGACCCACUGGGCAAGCUCUCGCACAUCCUGGAGAUGGACCACUUCGCCCUGGUAGUGCAUGAGCAGAUCCAGUCACGGGACCCGGCCUUGUCAGGAGUAGUGGGGGGGCCUGCAGACCACAGCAGCGCGAAGUCCAGGAACAGGCAGAUGGUGUUUGGGGUCGUCACUGCCAUCGACUUGCUGAACUUUGUGGCUGCCCGGGAGCGAGACCAGAAGACAAAGUCAGGAAGUGCCUUGGGGGCCAGAGCAGCCGGGGCGGCCCCCCAGCCCUGACUCCCCACACACUGCCGGCUUGGCGCCCCUUCUCUGUUGCUUUCGUAAACAGCAAACACGUAUGAUCUCUGAUCGCCUGGAUAGGCAUUGCUCUCACAAUGGGUGGCGGUAGGUGUAGGACGCUUAGCCCAGCCGGCCGAAAGGUUACUGUUUCCUUUUAGAUAAAUCCAUCUACUUAUGGUUUAUUAGAUGUGAUCUCGUUUUCCUUAAUUUGACUUUCUCAUAAAAUGUUUCAACAGGGAAAUUUCAUUAAAAGGGAACUAAGCCAGGCAGGUGAACCUGUGCAGUGAGUGGGGCAGGGUGGACUAACGGCAGAAGAAAGUGCCUUUUCUAGAGAAGAAUCCAGAAUUGGGAAGAGCAGAAAAGGGCUGAGGAAGGAUUUAGGGGUCUCCUGGCCAUGCUGUUCACAUGUGGCUGUUGGUUAGAGUGGCUUGAGUUUUUUAAUUGAGGUGAAAUUCAGAUAACCUAAAAUGAACAAUUUAAAAUGUGCAACCCAGUAGUUUUUCUUAUAUUCCCGAUAUUGUGCAACUGCCACCUUUAUCAAGUCCCAAAAUAUUUCUUCACCCAUUAGCAGCCUCUCCGCUCUCCCCUUCCCUCCUCUCCUGGCAACCACUAAUCUGCUUUCUGUCUCCAUGAAUUUACCUGUUUUGGACAUUUCAUAUAAAUGCAGUCAUACAAUU